CGGCCAUGGGGAGCUGAGGCGGCGGCAGAGGCAGCGGCCCCGGCCCGGCCCGGCCGCCCGCCCGCUCCCCAUGGGCUGCGGCGCCGCGGGACAUGGAGCGGUGCGCGGCCCGCCGAGCCCCGGAGGAAGAGCGUCGAGUGCGAGCCAACGCACGGGAAUACAACGAGAAGUUCCAGUACGCAAGCAACUGCAUCAAGACCUCCAAGUACAACAUUGUCACCUUCCUGCCUGUCAACCUCUUCGAGCAGUUCCAGGAAGUGGCCAACACCUAUUUUCUCUUCCUUCUCAUCCUGCAGCUGAUUCCUCAGAUCUCUUCACUGUCCUGGUUUACCACCAUCGUGCCUUUGGUUCUUGUCUUAACCAUCACAGCUGUCAAAGAUGCCACCGAUGACUAUUUCCGCCAUAAAAGUGACAACCAGGUGAACAACCGGCAGUCUCAGGUCCUGAUCAGUGGAGUCCUUCAGCAGGAGCAGUGGAUGAAUGUCCGUGUUGGAGACAUCAUCAAGUUGGAGAACAACCAGUUUGUGGCGAUGCUCCAGGGAGUUCCAAGGACAUCCAAGGGCCAGGAGCUUCCCUGGGGAAGGCGUGGGGGAGUCCUAGUGUUGGCACAACCCUUCACAAGUCUCUCCCAGCAGGCUGACCUCCUCCUCCUCUCCAGCAGUGAACCCCAUGGGUUGUGCUACAUAGAGACUGCAGAGCUGGAUGGAGAGACCAACAUGAAGGUGCGUCAGGCCAUCCCCAUCACCGCAGAGCUGGGGAGCACCAGCCAGCUGGCUCGCUUUGAUGGUGAGGUGAUCUGUGAACCACCCAACAACAAGCUGGACAAGUUUGGUGGGACACUGUACUGGAAGGAGAACAAGUAUCCCCUGAGCAACCAGAACAUGCUGCUGCGGGGCUGCAUCCUGCGCAACACUGAGUGGUGCUUUGGCCUCGUCAUCUUUGCAGGACCUGACACAAAACUGAUGCAGAACAGCGGCCGGACCAAAUUUAAGCGGACGAGCAUUGACCGGCUGAUGAACACGCUGGUGCUUUGGAUCUUUGGGUUCCUGGUGUGCAUGGGAGUGAUCCUGGCCAUUGGCAAUGCCAUCUGGGAGCACGAGGUGGGCGUCUGCUUCCAGAUCUACUUGCCCUGGGACGAGGGGGUGCACAGUGCCUUCUUCUCUGGCUUCCUCUCCUUCUGGUCCUACAUCAUCAUCCUCAACACUGUGGUGCCCAUCUCGCUUUAUGUGAGCGUUGAGGUGAUCCGGCUUGGGCACAGCUACUUCAUCAACUGGGACAAGAAGAUGUACUGUGCCAAGCGCCGGACGCCAGCUGAAGCCCGCACCACCACCCUCAACGAGGAGCUGGGGCAGGUGGAGUACAUCUUCUCUGACAAGACUGGCACCCUCACCCAGAAUAUCAUGGUCUUCAGCAAGUGCUCAGUGAACGGGCACAGCUAUGGUGAUGUGCAGGACAUGCUGGGUCACAAGGCAGAGCUGGGAGAGAGGCCAGAGCCAGUAGACUUCUCCUUCAACCCGCUGGCAGAUCCACGGUUCCAGUUCUGGGACCCCAGCCUGCUGGAAGCCGUCAAGCUGGGAGACCUCCACGUGCACGAGUUCUUCCGCCUGCUCUCGCUCUGUCACACCGUCAUGUCCGAGGAGAAGAGUGAAGGGGAGCUGUUCUACAAGGCACAGUCCCCAGAUGAGGGAGCACUGGUCACAGCUGCCAGAAACUUUGGCUUUGUGUUCCGGUCCCGCACGCCCAAGACCAUCACAGUGCAGGAGCUGGGUCAGGCCAUCACCUACCAGCUGCUGGCCAUCCUGGACUUCAACAACAUCCGCAAGCGCAUGUCCGUCAUCGUCCGCAGCCCUGAGGGCAAGAUCCGGCUGUACUGCAAAGGUGCUGACACCAUCCUGCUGGAGCGGCUGCACCCCCUCAACCAGGACCUGACCAGCAUCACCACCGACCACCUCAAUGAGUAUGCCGGCGAGGGGCUGCGGACUCUGGUGCUGGCUUACAGAGACCUGGAGGAGAGCUACUACAAGGAUUGGUCUGAGCGGCUGCAUCGAGCUGGCAGUGCCCCUGAGGCCCGUGAGGAUCACCUGGCUCGGCUCUACGAUGAGGUGGAGCAUGAUAUGAUGCUGCUUGGAGCCACAGCCAUCGAGGACAAACUGCAGCAGGGGGUCCCCGAAACCAUUGCCAUCCUGACACUGGCCAACAUCAAGAUCUGGGUGCUGACAGGGGACAAGCAGGAAACAGCUGUGAACAUCGGCUACUCCUGCAAGAUGCUGACAGAUGACAUGACAGAGGUGUUUGUGGUCACAGGCCACACUGUGCUGGAGGUGCGAGAGGAGCUAAGGAAAGCCCGGGAGAAGAUGAUGGAUGCGUCACGUUCUGUGUGCAAUGGCUUCUACCAGGAGAAACUCUCCUCCAAGCUGACCUCAGUGCUGGAAGCCAUUGCGGGCGAAUAUGCCCUGGUCAUCAACGGGCAUAGCCUGGCCCAUGCACUGGAGGCAGACAUGGAGGUGGAAUUCCUGGAGACAGCAUGUGCCUGCAAGGCCGUUAUCUGCUGCCGUGUCACACCCCUGCAGAAAGCCCAGGUGGUGGAGCUGGUCAAGAAGUACAAGAAAGCCGUCACUUUGGCCAUUGGGGAUGGGGCCAACGAUGUCAGCAUGAUCAAGACUGCCCACAUUGGGGUGGGCAUCAGUGGGCAGGAAGGCAUCCAGGCCGUGCUGGCCUCCGACUACUCCUUCUCCCAGUUCAAGUUCCUCCAGCGCCUGCUCCUGGUGCAUGGGCGCUGGUCCUACCUGCGCAUGUGCAAGUUUCUUUGCUACUUCUUCUAUAAGAACUUUGCCUUCACCAUGGUCCACUUCUGGUUUGGCUUCUUCUGUGGCUUCUCAGCACAGACAGUGUAUGACCAGUACUUCAUCACGCUGUACAACAUUGUCUACACAUCGCUGCCUGUGCUCGCUAUGGGUGUCUUUGACCAGGAUGUGCCAGAGCAGCGGAGCAUGGAGUACCCAAAACUCUAUGAGCCUGGGCAGCUGAACCUGCUCUUCAACAAGCGGGAGUUCUUCAUCUGCAUUGCCCAGGGCAUCUACACCUCCAUCCUCAUGUUCUUCAUCCCCUACGGCGUCUUCGCUGACGCCACCCGUGAUGACGGUGCCCAGCUGGCCGACUACCAGUCCUUCGCCGUCACUGUCGCCACCUCCCUCGUGAUUGUCGUCAGUGUGCAGAUCGGGUUAGACACAGGGUUCUGGACGGCCAUCAAUCACUUCUUCAUCUGGGGCAGCCUGGCCGCCUACUUCGCCAUCCUCUUCACCAUGCACAGCGACGGCCUCUUCCGGAUGUUCCCCAACCAGUUCCGCUUUGUGGGUAACGCACAGAACACGCUGGCCCAGCCCACGGUCUGGCUGACCAUCGCCCUCACCGCCGUAGUCUGUAUCGUGCCCGUUGUGGCCUUUCGCUUCCUUAAGCUGGACCUGAAACCAGAGCUCUCGGAUACGGUGCGCUACACUCAGCUGGUACGGAAGAAGCAGAAGACGCAGCACCGGUGCAUGCGGCAUGCAGGGCGUGCGGGCUCACGCCGCUCUGGCUACGCCUUCUCCCAUCAGGAGGGCUUCGGGGAGCUCAUCAUGUCUGGCAAGAACAUGAGGCUUAGCUCCUUGGCACUGUCCAGCUUUGCCCCCCGCCCCAGUGCCAGCUGGAUUGACACCCUGCGGAAAAAGAAGGGCUGUGAGGGCAGCAGCGCCAGCAGCCCCGGUGGCGCAGCUGACAAGACUCUCAGGGUGUGAGGCUGGAGGGGGUCACAUCCCCUCCUGUGCAGCUGAGGGCUCCCCUCCUCUGCCCCUGGCCCUGGGGAGGGCAAAGCCCCGUGUCAGCAGGGUCCCAUGGUAGGAGCAGAGGUGAUGUGGGGGCCAGUGCUGAGGUUUGGAGGAGUCUGGACUGUUGCCUUCUAGCCAAAAAAAACACCCAGGGAGGGUGGAUGGAUGGAUGGAUGGAUGGAUGGAUGGAUGGAUGGAUGGAUGGAUGGAUGGAUGGAUGGAUGGAUGGAUGGAUGGAUGGAUGGAUGGAUGGAUGGAUGGGUGUCAUCACCAUUAGCCCCUCCCCACCCCCCAUUCACUCCUCCAUCAGUAUUCAAUUCCACUGAGUGCAAACACCCCAUCGCACAUGAAUGUAUCGUACCAGAGGUGCAGGGCUGUGGGAGGACAGUGGCCUCUCCGUGGCCUUCACCCACGUGUCUUUUUUUUAAUAAACAAAAAAAAAAAGGGAAAAAAAUGACCUACCCGCCCCCCCCAAAAAAAUAGCAACCAAAAAAAAAAACCAAACAAACAAACAAAAAAAAAAGGCAAAACCUCUGAGUUUACAGAGCGACUUAUUUCUUGGCGGGGUACAGGGAGAAGGGGGGGAGGAAGGUCACCCUCCUUGUCCCCCUGCCUCAGGGCUCCCUAGGACGGUGGGUGCUGGGUCGGAAAGGGGAAGUGUUCUGUGCCACGGGGAGGCUGGGUUUUGGCGGCUGCCGUGAUUCACUCCCACGCCUGGUCUUGCGCAACGCUCGGCCUCUGCUUCCUCCCUCUUCCUUCUCUCCAACUCCUGCGGGACUGAGCACUACUGAAGUGUGGGUGGGCAGUGGGGACGCUGGGGAGUCUCUGGGGCUGCUGGGCUCUCAGGGACGCGAUACCAAAGAGGAGCUUGUUAAGACGGGUGUUGGCGAGGGCUGGAAGGGAUCUGGGGGGGUUUGGUGUUGUUUCGGUGGCGGGGCCGCGGAUCGAGGUAGAUAAUUUAUGGCGCGUUUCUGUCUGGCCGAAUGGUAUCAUUUUAUGGUUCUUGUGAAAAAAAACCAAAAAAACCAAA